GCAGGGAGUGAAGCAUGAUGAAACACUUAACCAUUGUUGAGGUUUCUGAAUAUUAAGAUAGACAGAGCCUGGAGAGACUACCCAGAAUAAGAAAAUACUAGAGCUGGCACUUCCUCAAUAAGAAUGAAGACCAUUUCUAUCUUCUACUGUCUUCUAUAUGCUGCUGGGAUAGAGGGAACAGACAUCAAUGUAGAGGGAUUCGAGGGAGAAGAAGUCUCGUUUCAGUGUUCCCACAAACUUGCGUGGAAAAACAACAAAUACUUCUGCAAGGAUCCAUGUAAAGGCAGUGAAGAUAUACUGGUUACUGUACAAUCUGGUAGAAGAGUGGAGUCAGGGAGGAUAGCUCUGGUGGACUCGGGGGACGGAGUCUUCACUGUGACCAUCAGUCAGCUCCAGCUGUCAGACUUGGGGAAAUACUGGUGUGCAGUGGACAGGCCUGGUUUUGAUACAUUCACUGCAGUACAUCUCACUGUAAAGGAAGUAUAUACCACUGUUCCAUAUACCGAUGAGACAAAGACUGUCAUACCUGAACCUUCUCCUACAUGGACACAUCAGAGUAUUUCCAACUCCACGCAAUUUACAUCUGGAAUGGACACCAGUAGGCCUGCAAACAUUUCAACAGCCUUGAACAGCACUAAUGGAGGAGGACAGAACACCAUCACAGGCACCGUGUUGUACGCUACAGUCGGGGCUGUUGCUGUGCUCACUAUGUUGGUGCUGACAACAAUGCUCGUCAGGAACCGCAGAGAAAACGCCAAAGUUCAACCACAAGUUUGCUCCGACAGCACUGACCUCGUCAGUGCAGAUAAAAGAGGGGGCAACUCUAAUGAAGUGCAGUCGUUUACAAAGUUAUCGGAGAAGUUCUCUUGUAGUCACCAUCCAAAGCAGGAUCCACCAACAGCUCCCUCCGCAGCAGCUGAAUGUAGUGUACACAUGCAUAUCUAUGAAAACAUCCCCUGCUCCACAGGAACUGCACAUUCAAGAUACUCAGUUGCAAACGCCCAAGACGCACAUGACAUCAGCCCUAGAAUCUACAUCAAACCUCUGCCACCUAUAUCUGAAAGAACUAGAGAAGGCUAUCUUAGAAAACACAAAAAUAAACCUACAUCAACUACAAAUGCGAUAAGCAGUUCUACAGAGAGCUGUACAAGCAGCGCAUCAGCUUGUCACUCCCGAUCUUACAAUGAUUGCACAGAAGUGAGGCCCAGAUCACUUUGGUUUGGUUUGGAUUUAUCAGAAACAGCAUGAGUGUGUGCUCAAUGGUGGGAUUUUUAUGGACAUUAAUGGACAACUGAAUUGUACCUCCUCUGUUUGUCCAGUUAUAACCAACAUUUAUCUUUCACUUUGAGAGAAAAAAAUUGUAAAACCAUGCAAAAUUGUUAACCUAUGGCUUUUUACUGUCACAGACUUAAGAUAAAAUCUAAAGGGCACAGGAAAACACUUUUUAUUGUCUACCCUAUGUAUGUAGGUCACUGUGUGUGUGUGUGUGUGUGUGUGUGUGUGUGUGUGUGUGUGUGUGUGUGUGUGUG